GCACGUUUAGAUGCCGCAAAGACGCAUGUUUAGAAACGCCGUGGAAAGGUAGUAAACGGUGCUAAAAGUUGGCAAAACUCCGACGACGGCGGCGGUGACGAACGCGAAUUUCGUCGUCGUUUGAUGCAAGUCUAAAAUAGAUUCUCGGGGUGCAUCUUGUCUUGGGUCAGUACGGCAAAAGUACGCGCGAUUGACGAAAGUAGUGUUGGAAAGUUGAGCGGGUUUGGUUUGGAAUUUCUUUAAAGCCGUCGUCGAUCCGUGGAGUACCGCCGGCAUGGACUUCCUGCUGGGAGGUUGUGCGGCCACCUGUGCCGGCAUCUUCAGCAAUCCGUUCGACGUGAUCAAAACGCGCCAGCAGCUGCAGGGCGAGCUCGGCGAUCAACCCGGAACGCACCGCAACCCGUACCGGUCCAUCUUCAAGUCGUUUCAGUCGAUCCUCAAAGCCGAAGGAAUCGCCGGACUCCAAAAGGGCCUGGUCUCAGCGCUGGCAUUCCAGUUCACCAUGAACAGCAUCCGGCUGGGAAUCUACCAAACCGCGGAAAACUACGAGUGGACCCGCGGCCGGAACAAACUGACCUCCCUGCUCUACUCGAUCGGUUGGGGCGGCCUCAGCGGAGUGAUCGGUGCGACCGUGGCCUGCCCGCUCUACAUGAUCAAAACGCAAAUCCAGGCCACGUCCCACGGGAAGUACGCGGUCGGAUUUCAGCACAACCACGCGGGGACGUUCGACGCCCUGGCCAGGAUCUAUCGGACGUACGGCAUAACCGGGCUGUGGCGGGGCUACCCGGGAAUCGUGACCCGGACCGCCGUUGGGUCAUCCGCCCAGUUAGCGACCUUUUCCCAGUGCAAGGAGUUUUUCGUGCAGUUUGAGUUCUUCCAGGAGUCGGUCAUGGCGACGGCCUUCGUGGCCAGCAUGUUCAGCGGGUUCUUCUGCUGCGUUUUCAUGUCCCCGUUCGACGUGAUCGCGACCAGGCUGUUCAAUCAAGGCGUCGACAGCCGGGGUCGCGGCCUCCUGUACACCAGCGUCUUGGAUUGCUUCAGCAAAACACUGCGCGCCGAGGGCCUUCACGGGCUUUACAAGGGCUUCGUGCCCAACUACUGGAGGAUCGCGCCGCACACCAUCCUGAACCUGACCUUCUGGGACCAGUUCAAAAGCUGGAAGGACCUGUACUACUAGAGUGUGUGUUUUUAAAAGUUGGGCGAAAUGCUUUGAAAUGCUUUGACUAGUUUUAGCGGGACUACAAGACGACAACGUGAUAUUGUACAAUUCUUUUUUUUUACUUAUUAACUGUUAGGCUUAUUAAAGAAAGAGAGAGAGAGAGUUUGUAGCUUGUAAGAUAUUAGGCAAUCUUUUUUUCCGAUUUUAAAUGCACCGAACGAAACGAAACAA